CUUGGAACAAGAAGUUCACCGUUAAAAAGGAUUCGAAUGAGAAAGAAAAGUGUAGCGGAACGUAUCCGUCGUCGAAGCAAUUGACACAUUCCACGAUAAUCCACGAAAGGAAUCCCGUUCUGGAACAAUCGAGCAUCCGUGAAUUUCAAGUUGACACGAUGUGCUGAAACUGUUGAAAAAAAGGACUCGUUAGUGAAGAAAUUUGAGCGAAAUGACCGGGUUUAGCUUUAAAAAAUUAUUGAAGGAGAAAAUUCCUAUCUUAAAAUGGUUACCGCUGUACAAAACGAAGGACGCAUUGGGUGACCUGGUUGCGGGAUUGACAGUAGGUCUGACCCUGAUACCACAGGCGAUCGCAUACGCUGGGCUGGCAGGUUUGACGCCGCAAUAUGGUCUUUACAGCGCGUUUGCUGGCAGUUUCGUUUACAUAAUUUUUGGUACCUGUCGAGAAGUCAAUAUUGGACCAACUGCAUUGAUCUCUUUGUUAACGUACACAUACGCGAGGGGUAUUCCAGAUUACGCAAUCCUCUUGUGUUUUUUAUCAGGAUGCGUCACGAUAGUUUUUGGAAUUCUCCGGCUGGGUUUCCUUGUCGAGUUCGUUUCCAUACCGGUCGUCUCUGGAUUCACGUCUGCGGCAAGCUUAAUUAUCGCCUGCAGUCAAAUAAAAAGUUUGCUGGGUAUAAAAAUACACGGGGAAAGUUUCGUCGAGAUUUGGCUGGAAUUGGCAAACAACAUCCAUCGAACCAGAAUCCCUGACCUGAUCUUGUCUUGUUGCUGCAUUCUAAUUCUAUUGACCUUGAAGAAACUCAAGGAUAUCAAAGUCUCGAAUGGAAUUUUAAGAAAAUUGAUCUGGUUCGUGGGAACUGGCAGGAAUGCUCUUGUGGUGAUUUUGUGCGCUGUCGCAUCGUACGUGUUCGAAAAUCACGGCGAAGUGCCUUUCGCUCUUACAGGCAAUAUCGAUGCCGGCCUACCCACUAUCGCACCACCAUCUUUCUCGAUCACUGUUGGAAAUCGAACCGAAACUUUCGUUGAAAUAUGCAAAAACUUGGGUUCCGGUAUAGUGAUCGUUCCAUUGAUCUCGAUCAUCGGAAACGUAGCCAUUGCGAAAGCAUUUUCGCGAGGACACUCGCUCGACGCCACUCAGGAAAUGUUAACUUUGGGUCUAUGUAACGUUGCUGGCUCGUUUUUCCAUUCCAUGCCAGUGACAGGCUCCUUUUCCAGAAGCGCCGUGAACAAUGCUUCCGGCGUGAGAACACCCUUGGGUGGUAUUUACACAGGUAUUCUAGUCAUUCUCGCUCUGAGCUUACUCACGCCAUACUUCUAUUAUAUUCCAAGAGCGACUUUAAGCUCCGUGAUAGUCUGUGCAGUGAUAUUCAUGAUCGAGAUAAAAAUGAUACGGCCACUUUGGAAAUGCAGCAAACGAGAUUUAAUCCCGACAUUUACAACAUUCUUCGCAUGUUUGUUCGCCGGAGUUGAAUUAGGAAUUUUAAUAGGUGUAGCAAUUGAUCUGGCAAUAUUAGUUUAUUUCAACGCCAGGCCGACAAUAUAUAUCGAAUACAGAAAUACUUCUACGUUAAGUUACAUCCUCGUGCGUCCCAGCGCCGGAUUACUUUUCCCAGCGGUGGACUACCUAAGGAUAUAUCUGUUAGAGAACUUAGCUAAGGAUCAUCAAAAAUUACUGAAAACUUUCAAGAACACGAAAAUCGUCGUUCUAGAUUGCAAGCACAUCGAUAAAAUUGAUUUCACUGCGGCGCGUGGAUUAAAUAUGGUUAUGAGAGAUUUCAAAGAAAAGAAUCAUUGCUUGAUCAUGUUGCAACCCUCCAAGGAAGUUUUACGAAGUAUUCAAUCGCUCUCCAAAGAAACGAUUGAAGUGGUUAAUACCGAUACCGAACUCGUAACUGCUUUGAAAGAAUUGAACACGACCAAAGCGAUCAAAAAAAUUGGUACGGAGAUAAUAGAUAUGUCAAAUGGGACAACUACCAGUGAUAUGAGAAAUGAACUUACGAGUACGAAGCUUUGAAAUCAACUACGAAUUUACAGAACGAAAAUUUCAACGAGAUAUCAAGAAUUAGAUGUUCAAAAAAAUAUUUAAAAUUUCUAUAAAUUUCUUUUUUUUUUUUGUUUCUCCUUUUUCUAAUUUUUCCCUUUUUUUUCUUUUCUUAUUUUUUUUAUAUAUAUAUAUAUAAUAUCUGAAUUGAGUUGUAUUAGACUAUCAACGAUAUUGUAUAAAAUCGUAAUGAACAUUAACGCAUGUUUAUGAUGUACAUAUGAAUCGUAUGAUAAUUCGUACGUUUUUUAAACUUUUUAUAAAGAUAUAUGAAUCGACCAGCAAUGAUAUUGUUUAUCAGAAAUUACUUUUUUUUUUUUAUCUGUUUCAAAGAGAUUCUAUUGACACGUGCAUUUCAUAAUACAGAUGAAAGAAUAAUACUGUGGUUAUAAAUGCAUAUCAGAAUAUGUCGAAGGAUUAUAAUAUAUAUUUUUAUAUAUAUAUAUAUAUAUAUAUAUAUAACAUCUACCAAAUAUGGCAAGUUUACGUUUUAUUUUGUAAAAACUUGUAAGUCCUCGAAAAAUAAACUAUAUGAUAUUUCUUAACAA